AGUCUGUGCCAAUCACCCAGAGCGACGGAGUUGGUAAAGUGGUACGCAGCUUUCACUCUGCGAUACAGCCUACUUCACGUCCACUGCUAUCAGUGCGACUCUAUUAUAGCUUCGGCUCCGUCAUCCACUCGACUUGAAGUCGAUUACCUUGCCGCAUUCAGACCAGAGCAACACUCUCUCCCACGCGACAUAGAUUACUACCAAAGCGACAAAUCCUCAAGCGACUUUAAUCUCCAGCAACACUGCCUGUGCGACAACCUCCCUUGCAGCCAUGACUACCGCGGAGAAGAAGUACUCCGGCGAGUUCGUCCACGAAACGUACAACGGCCACGAUGAUAUCCAACACGGGACGGUGACUGACAACUCCGACGACCUCCAACGCCAUCUCGGUAAUCGCCAAAUUCAGCUCAUCGCUAUCGGUGGAUCCAUUGGUACAGCGCUGUUCGUCAGUAUCGGCGGUGCCCUCAACAAGGGUGGUCCUCUCGGCAUGUUGAUCGCGUACACUGGGUAUUCGUGCAUAAUUGCGCUUGUGAACAACGCUAUGGCUGAGAUGGCUACUUAUAUGCCUGUAAGCGGAGGGUUCGUUCGAAUGGCUGGUAAAUGGGUCGAUGAGGCUUUCGGCUUCAUGGCUGGCUGGAAUUUUUUCCUGUACGAGGCGCUUCUCAUCCCCUUCGAGAUCACUGCGCUCAACAUCGUCUUGAAGUACUGGAGAGACGAUAUCCCUGCUGCGGCUGUUUGCGCUGCUGUCAUUGUGCUCUACGCCGCCUGCAACAUCUUAGCUGUCAAGGCAUAUGGCGAGGCUGAAUUCUGGCUCUCCGGAGGCAAAGUCAUUCUGAUUCUCAUUCUGUACUCGUUUACGUUCAUCACAAUGGUUGGUGGCAACCCUCAGAAAGAUGCCUACGGGUUCCGGCAUUGGCGUGAUCCUGGAGUAUUCGGCACUCUUUACACCACUGGCGAUCUAGGGCGUUUUGAGGGCUUCCUCGGAGCUCUCUGGGCGGCUUCUUUCUGCAUUGUCGGCCCUGAGUACAUCUCCAUGGUAUCCGGUGAGGCUAAGCGACCCCGUGUCUACAUCAAGAACGCCUUCAAGACUGUCUACUUCCGUUUUGGCGCCUUCUUCAUUCUUGGAGCCCUCUGCGUUGGCGUUGUGCUUCCCUACAACGACCCCACCCUUGUUGACGUCCUCACGUCCGGUGAGAGCAGCGCAGCCGCCUCUCCCUACGUCAUCGCCAUGAGCAACCUAGGAAUCUCUGGUCUCCCUCAUCUGGUCAACGCUUUGUUGAUCACCAGUAUCUUCUCCGCUGGUAACACCUACACAUACUGCGCUACUCGCAGUCUGUACUCGCUUGCGAUCGAAGGCCGCGCACCCAGAUUCCUGCGCAAGUGCACCAAGAACGGUGUUCCUAUCUACUGCUUCUUUGUUGUCAUGAUCUUCCCGUUCCUGUCAUUCUUGCAACUAUCGGACGACUCCGCGAAGGUCUUGAACAUGUUGGUCAACAUCGUCACAGCUGGUGGAGUGAUGAACUUCAUCAUCAUGUGCAUAACGUAUCUUUGCUUCUAUCGCGCAUGCAAAGCUCAGGGUUUCAACCGUCAGACUCUCCCCUACACCGGCUACCUUCAACCUUGGGGCACCAUCGUGGCUCUGAUUUUCUUGACCUGCGUUCUCGGCGCAUAUGGUUACUCAACAUUUUUGCCUGGCAAGUUCACGAUUGAGGGCCUGUUCACCUACUACACAUUGGUCUUUCUUGCGCCCAUCACCUUCACUUUCUGGAAGCUCGUCAAGAGGACCAGGUGGCUCCGACCCCACGAGGUCGACCUUGUCUGGGACGCCCCUGUCAUCGAUAUCUACGAGGCUUCGUUUAUCACCCCCCCUGUUGGCUUCUGGACUGAGAUGCUUCAGCUGGUUGGCUUCAAGCGUCACGUGCCUGUCGACAAGCGGGCAGAGGCCUAAGCUUUUCGCGAAUUUUCGCAAUGCGCUGCUUUGAUCAUGAUCUAACGUAGUCAGCCUUACGCAUGCGUGUGCAUGUUGGCUCCAUAUUGAAUCAAUACCCAUUCACUCAGCUUCCAAUCCAGCGCUCGAUCCCGUGAAGGAAGGCUCUUCUGCUAUUACCCUUGCGACAAGCAGAAGAGACCUGAAUAUUUGCAACAAAUUGCAAACUCAUGGCCCAAUCAGUCCGGAUACGAUUCUAACGCUUUCGAAUCAAACACUCCCAUUGCAACAACUACAUUUCUACCCUAGCGACAAUCUGUUUUGUUAUCCUGCGAUUGGUUCAUAGCAAUUGUCUUCGACCACAGAAGAUAAACGACACUGUCCGGCCCCAGACCCCAGAGCAGUUAUGGACAAGUGGACAUCGGUCUACCAUGAAGCAAAACAUUCAUCUGUAUCACAAGAAGGCAAAGUUGGAGUCAGGCGCUUUGCACGUGCGUAGCACCA